AAACAGAUGCUAAAGGUGUGUGUGUUGCCCUGUACUGUACAGUGCUCUGCUUCAUUCGGCAACAACAAACGAAAAUAAUAGGCAAAUAGGCGAAAAAGUGUGUCUUUGCGUCCGAGUAGAAAGGCACAAAAAAAAAAGUAUUAGUAACUAGUUAGAGAUUAGCACUGGUAUCUUAAGCGCGGCGAACAGAACCAAGGAGUGGGGCUAUAGGCAGCGGAAUUAAAAAUUAAAUCAACGAGGAAGAGAGACAAGCGGCGUUCGCUUGCUGUUUGGAUUUUCGGAUGUUUGUGUGACGCUUAUCCCUGGAAACGCAACCAUGGACUCGAUCGUUCUGCAUUCGGAUGUGGCCCGACUCGUUUUGGGCUACUUAGUUAAUCAGAAUCUACGGCGAGCGGCCCAUACCCUUUGUCGCACUUCGCCGCACCUGCAGCAUGAGUUUCUGGCCCUGAAGCAGGGCCUGCAGACGCACAACUUCCUCAAUGGCGGCCUGGAGGAAAUUAUCUGCGAGCACGUCAAAAUCACGGGCUUGGUUGCCAAAGCCGUGCAGAAACUGCCCCUGGAGGCGCGCCAGCAGCUGCAGCAACUGAAGCUGUCCGAGCGGGUCAACGAACUGAUGACCAUGUCACCAGCGGUGGAUAGAAGCGUCAGCUGCACCAACGAAAGUACCAUUGCCGAAGGUGGCGGCGAUGCCAGCACAUCGCAGGCGCAUCGCAAGCGGAGGCGUUUAUGCACUCCGGAAAACUACUUGUCGUCGCCUUCCUUCAGCAAACGUCCGCGCCUGCUUCCGCCUCAUUUAUAUUGCAGCCUGAGUAGCCGCGGCAAGGCCAAAACGAGCUUUCUGGUUAGCCAUGAUGACGAUGAGGACGCGGCGCAGGAGGAGACCAGCUCUACGGCCACAGAGGAAUUUGAGGAUUUGGUGGAGGAGCUGCCGCCAGUCAAUGGUCCUGGUCCGCGAAAUAAUUCCACUCCGCGUCAGAGCCACUCCGAGGCGAAGCCACUGGCGCUAACACCGCAAUCUAUGCCGGAACUGGCCAGUGCGAUAAUUAAUAACCAAGACUUCCAGAACACGCUGGUAAACAACAUCAACAUGGCGCUGAAAACAGUAAAGGUGAACAAUCCAACGUUCAGCUGCGACGAUGUGUUAGACGGCCUGGUGAAGAACAUACUGGAGGCCACCGAGAAGGAUCCCUCGUUCGAUCGCGUCAUCCAGGAGGUGGUGGCCGGCGACCCACCGCUGACGUCGACGGAUGGCGCAUCCCCACCGGCGUCGACAGAGGUGGCUGUAUUGCAAGCGCAGACGGAGGCAAAGCCUCCGCCAACAACAUUGGGAGCAGUCGUGGCCGCCAGCGUAACGGAAGCCACUGUGCCUCCUCCUUCAGAUCUGCAAGGUACAGUGAACGCAGCGGAACCAGUAGAUCCCGUCGAUUCAGUAGAUCCAGUGCCGCCCCAAACGCCGCUUAUCAUUCGCACCGCCAACAACAUCGAUCCCAACUUCUCCAUCUCCAAACUGAUUGUGCUGAACUCGAACGAGAGCGUCCAGAAAAUGUUGGCCGGCGGGGACUUGGCGAACGUGAGCUUCGCUAGCGAUGGCCUGAAUCUCAACUUUGGUGAUCCGGCGGGCAUGAUAACGGAGGCGGAAGCGGCGGCAGCCGGCCAAGUGUGCGUGGACGCCGCCACCGGACAAUUGACGUUCCCGAUGUACCUCUCGAACGGCGGCCUGGUCUCGCAUUUUCCGUUCCUGGUCAACAACGAGUGGGUGGCCCAGCAACUGGGCCCGGACGCCUUUGCCAACAUGGACGAUUCACAUAUUGAGAUCUCUCUGCCAGAGCAAAUAACGUUGUCCGCCAAUCAGUUGCCGCCCAAUUCCAUAAUCAUCAACAGUGCCCUGAAGCAGCCGCCACCCCCUCCAACGGUGGAGCCGCCGGUUCAGCUGAUAGCCGACCUUAAGAAGACGGUGGAAAAGGCGGCGCCAUCGGCGCCGGCGGAGGAGGAUGAAGAGGAACAGCGAAAGUUACCGCCCGCUUCACUGGACUCGUCGCGGCAGGUUCUGGAACGGGUGACGCCCUCCACGUCGGGUAUAAUCAAUGUAAAGGCCUUUCGUAGCUUAUCCACUCCUCGAAAGAGAACCUCGCAUGUACGAACUUUAACCUUCUCCCCAAAGGUUCCUCCUGGUCGGGUCCUGCAUCCCACGACGCCGCUCUCCACCCGGCGACAUGGUUUGGUGGCCAAAGCCAAGGAGAAACCCAUCAUUAACCACGUGGAGAUAAUCCAGCCAGCCUGCGAUCUCAGCUCGAAUGACGGCCACGGCGGUGUACCGCCCUUGUUCGCCAUGGAGGAGAGUAGCAAUCAGACGGUGAUCAAGGCCCAUCCUCCAGCUGCAGCGGCAGCCGAGCCAUUGGUUACGACACCCAAGCGGAAGCAGAAGCGCCAGGCGGCAGUGAAGGCCUGCAAGCGCAUUGUCUCCCAGGCGGAAACCGAAAGGAAGCUGGAGAAGGAGAAGCAGGGACCCAAGAACACGUCGGCAAGUAGCGCCAACUCAUCGGCGCACGAUGACAGCGCCGAGGCCAGCAAAGAGAAUCUCCAGGGGAAGCAGCAGCAGCAGCAGCAGCAGCAGCAUCUGGCGGAGGGUAAUCCUGAGGGAUCCUGCCCGGGAUCCGCCGCGGAAGCAGCCGGUGAGGAGGAUUUGAUGGCCGCCUGGCAGCGCCAGUUACAUGGCUCCAGUGUAGAUUUAGAGUACCGACUCCGCGAGAUCAAUUCGAAGCGCGAAGAGACAUUGAAGGUCAGCGGCCGCAAUAGGCGGCCCAAGAAGAAGGAUACCCCGACUACGGCCGCCUCCAAGGCUCGCAGAAGCGCGCUGGCCAAGAAGCCGUUCAAGAAGACAGUGCAGCGUGGCAGCGGCGAUUCCCCGGAGAAAAUCAGCAUUAAGAUCACAACGCCACAGAAGCCAAAGUCCCUGAAAAAGAAGUUGGUGCCGGUCGCAGAGGAAACCAAAGACGAGAACAAAGAAACGCCUCAAGUGGAGGAGAACGGGAAUAAGAAAGAGAAGGCGAGUGGAGAGAAAGAGCCAGAGGAGAAGCAGAAGCAGAAGGAGAAGCAGGAAGAGCCCGUAGAUCUGGCACCGCCCAACAUGGCUCUGCUAUUGGAUACGCCGUUCAAGGCAUCUCCCUUGGGAUGUGGAACAGCCGACGAUGCUCCUGCCACGGGCAGUGGCGAACCAGAAGGAACCACAACGAGCGGAUUUGUUGCCAAUGUUCCGCCAACGCCAGGCAUGGCCAUUGCGCCGCUGGACACACCCUACGGCAAGAUGCCGAGCAGCUCGUUUCUGUUCGGCUCGGAUACCAAGAGUAUUAUGAAUACGCCGCAGCUGAGCGCCAUUACGCCGGGCUUCCGUUGCACACCCUUUGGCCAUAUCCCGGGCACCCCUGUGGGCAGUGCCGCCAAGACGGAAUACUCCUCUGGCAGCUCCUAUUAUCGCCCCGACGAGGCGGAGCACACGGAUGCGAAUGCGCAGUGCGCGAUACAGCAGUGGGAGGAAAUUCAGGAGAAGAAGCUGGACGAGCCGCACGAGCCAACUCCGGUUAAGAUGAAGAAGGACAAGGACAGUCCCAAAGAGCAGAGUUUCAAACUGAAGAAGAGCGUUGAGAGAGAAGUGCCGUUGACGAGUCAUCUCAGUGAGGAGCGCAAGGAGCAGGGACCCGUCGUUCUCGCCGUGGAGCCCACGGUCCUCCGGCGCGUUCGAUCUUUUGGCAGCGAAGCCGUUGACAGUGCAGAGUCCGCUGCCGCUGGGAGCUGUCCCUCUGAUCAGCACCAUCCGCACUACAAGCUCCUGCCUGGUCUGCCCGAGGCUAUCAUCGAGGUAUCUAACAGUUCCAGCUCCUCGACCACCAGCUCCUCGUCGUCCAGCUCCUCCAGUUCCUCCAGCAGCUCAUCGUCCAGCUCCUCGUCGUCGCAAUCCUCUCAGAGCGAGAAAGAACCGGAGGAAGGCGAGAACGAUGUGGAGCCGAAACACCUAAUCAACAUAGACAAUCUCUCGAAUAUCAGCAGCACCGAGGACGAAGAGUGGCUGAAGGCAGCCACUGGAUCGCAAGAUGCAGUGCUGCCCAUGCUGGCCGUCGAUAGCCAGCCGGGUCAGUUGCUUAGCCAGGAUGGUGAGGUGCGCUAUCCCAUACGCAAUUGGCUGACGCCGAGUAAGGAGCAAGCAGCACUCCCAGAGGCAAAUACCAGCGGAGAAUCAACUCAAGGAGCACCACCUCAACAUCCUGCCCCAUUGAACGCCCGAGUAACUCCGGCUUCACUUCCUCCACCACCACCACCACCUCCUCUUCCUCUUCCUCCUCCUCUGCCGCCACAGGAAUGUACUGCUGCUCCUCCGCCACCGCCGCCCACCUUACCUCUUGAAGGGACACCACCACCACCACCUCCAACGCCCGCGUCAUCCGUGGUUCUGCAGGAGCAACGGCAGCGACAGCAGCUAGACGAGAAGCGUCAAAGGGUCAUGGCUAAGGUCAAGUUGGCCCAGCCAGUUGUCAGGAUACAAAGCAAGAAGACAGCCGUUAAGAAGCUCACCGCCAUGCGGGAAACCGCCAAGUUGGCCAAUCCCAGCAGCCAGAAGUCCCCCAAGAAGCGGGAGCACCUUGAGCCAAACAAGAUCCAGGCAGCUUCAGCUCCACCACCACCACCAACAGCAGCAGCACAGAAGCCGCCAACAGAAGCUGUGGAGAAGGAGACAGGGGAUUCAGAUCGCUCAGUCAUUCCCAAUAAGGAUCCACCGGCCAGCGAACGGGAUCCAGCUCUGCUCAUAGCGCUCAAUCUAUCGGCCAAAAAGCAGGAACCCGCAACGAAUGCUGCCAAGUCCAAGGUCGGCCGUGCUGCGGUGCAAAUUGAGGCGCAACCGGCGCCGGGUAAACGUGGUCGCCCCAAGAAGACGGUCACAACGCCAAAAAUAUCCAUGCGCCGUUCCUCGCGUCUGAUUGACAAUAAACCAGCUCAGGAGGAGCUGACCCUGACCAAAGCCGUCUCCGACAGCGAACUGACAAAGGCCACCGCGAAGGCGAGCACAAAGAAGCCUGCCAAGAAACGUGCCGAGGCCCGAGUGCCUGCCUCCAACUCCUCUUCCUCGGCUGUGACUCAGCCUCUGCCCAUGGUGGCGGAAGCCGAAUCUACACAAUCCUCGUCCCCGGAGCAGCAUCAGCAGAUUCCCCAGCCCCAGGUGCAGCAGCCGAGCCCAGUUAAAGACCAGUCGAAUCCUGCCCCUCCGGCGGGGGACAGCGACUACGAGCUGGACAUGUGCCUGAGCAGCAGCCUGGAGUCCUGCACCUUCUCCUUUUCCUAUGCGGACCACGGACCCAAGGCCAGCAAUUCGAUGAUACGUCCAUCGGCGUCCUACUUCAAGAACUACCAGAUGCGACUGAUGACGGAGGAGGACCAGCUGCACACGUUGCGCAUGGCCAGUGCCCAGGUGCUGCAACUGGGGCAACCGCUGUCCAGUGUCAUUCGCAACAUACCCAAAAAGCGCAUACGCCGUCUGACCAGCAAUAGUGGAGCAGCGGCGACCGGGUCAAGUGCAAGUGGAGCGGGUGAUCAGCCCUCGGCUACAUCCACGCCGCUGGCGGAUAAGCCGUUGACAGCGUUGAGCAAGGAACCAUUGCCGCAGGAUGACAAUGAUUUGGAAGUGGCUGCCAUCAACACAACUCCCAAAAAGGCGGACGGAGGCGAUAAUCGGCAGGAGGGUCAGCCAGACCUGUUAAGGGAGCCGCUGGGCGAGAACCACACGGUGGAGAUUGAGGACAUUGAGUCGAUAUUGUCGCACCUUCAUGGCACCUGAUUGGAGCAGCACAUUGAUCUUGGCAACCCGCUCCUCAUGUCAGUCACAGAAAUAUUUCUUUCUUAGCUCUAUAAGUUCCCCUUAGAUAUAAGGCCUAGGCAAUCAGUCCAAAUUUCAAGUGAAUUAACCAUCGUUUAUUGUUAAGCCAUCAUGUUACUCAUGCAACCUGAUACCUGGCAACCUUGGGGCCCAGUGUCUGGUCCCAGGGAUCGCUGGAGAAUCGAUUACAUUAAUUUUGUAUUUAUUUAUUUUCGUCGUAAGUCGAGACCGAGACGGAGGGAGCAGUACAUCCUGUUCACACAACAUUCUCAGAAGAAUUUACCAGAUGAAAGGUUAAGUUAUGUUUCCAUUAUUCAUACAUUGCAUUCAUAUAUAUUUCGAAAUAUAUAAAGCUGUAUAUUGAUUUAAAUGUA